CCAGCCCAGGCGACCCCGCUGACCUCUGACUCCAGGUUCAAACUGCCCGCCUCUGGGGGUCAGAGGUUAGAGCUGGGGUGAAGCAGUUCCGGGAGCGGAUGGCGGCCCGUUUCCCCUCCGUGCGGAGGAUGGGGACCUUCACCUUCAUCGAUAUUGGCAUAAAUUUGACAGAUCCUAUGUUUCGUGGGAUUUAUCGUGGUGCUCAGAAACAUCAAGAUGAUUUUUUGGAUGUAGUACAGAGAGCUGUCAAAACUGGAGUACAGAAGUUCAUGAUUACAGGAGGCAGUUUGCAAGAUAGUAAAGAUGCGUUGGAACUGGCAAAGACAAAUGAUACUUUCUACAGUACAAUUGGUUGUCACCCCACACGCUGUAGUGAAUUUGAGCAGAAUAAUCCAGAGCAGUACCUGUCUGAUCUUAAAACACUGGCAAUGGAGAACAAAGGGAAAGUAGUGGCCAUCGGGGAAUGUGGCUUGGAUUUUGACAGAUUGGAAUUCUGUCCUAAAGAGAUUCAACUGAAAUACUUUGAAAAGCAGUUUGACUUGGCAGAAGAAACUAAAUUGCCCAUGUUUCUACACUGCAGAAAUUCACAUCCAGAAUUUUUAGAUAUAAUGAAGAGACAUAUGGACAGAUGUGUUGGAGGAGUGGUGCACUCUUUCGAUGGUACAAAAGAGGAAGCUGCUGCACUUGUAGAAUUGGGCCUCUAUAUUGGUAUCAAUGGCUGCUCCUUAAAAACGGAAUCCAAUCUUGAAGCCAUGAAAUCUAUCCCGAGUGAAAGGCUGAUGAUAGAGACUGAUGCACCAUGGUGUGGAGUAAAGAACACACAUGCAGGUGCUAAAUUUGUGACAACAACCUUUCCAACAAAGAAGAAGUGGGAAGAAGGAUACUGCCUCAAGGAUAGGAAUGAGCCGUGCCAUAUUAUUCAAGUAUUGGAGAUAAUGGCAGCAGUGCGAGAAGAGGACACACGUGAACUGAGCAACACCAUGUACAAUAAUACUGUGAAGAUGUUCUUUCCUAAUAGUUGAUCAACAAGGAUAUCAUUCUGAUAAUUUGUUUUAAAUCUAAACAACUUAACAGGCAGCUGGCAGUGACACCCAUUUCCAGUGGUGGUACUACUUAGUUUAUUCUGUUGUUCAUACUGGAUGUUGAACUCAAUGCAUGAGCUACUAUAGAGUCAAUAUGAAUUUACCCCCACCAUUGCCAUACAUUUUCUCUUCAAAGUGAGUGAAAUUUUCUCACUUUGGUAACAUGGGGGGAUCCUUUUCCAAAGUAGAAAUUUAGAUGAGGGAAAAAUUGACUGUCCCUUUUGAUGCAUGGAUGGCAGCUUCCCUGAACAUGUCCAAAAGUAUAAUUAAACUGACAUAAUAUUCACUAAAAUACCUUAAAGUGGGAUUUUUAAAACUAUAUAGUACCUUGGGAUACAAAUCGGCAUAUUAUUGUUAUGUUUGCUGAUUGCUUACAACUUUGUUAUAAUACAUCUCUGCUGCAGAGAUCAGUAUUAAUUAGAUAUUUAGCUCUUUUUAUGCAAUUAAUAAAACGGUCAAAGACAAAUUAUGGUCGGCUUGUUUGGUUCGGAGUAGGAUGGGUGGCAGAGACCAGAACAAACGAGAAAUUGCACAGCAUUAUGCAAUUUUAUCUGAUCACUUUUAGCACAUACAUAUAUGUAUUAUGAUCUUAAGAUGUAUUGUGAAACCUCAUGAUAAGUAGACCAUUGUGAUUUAAGAUUGUGAAUAUAUAGAUGAAGAUACUAUUUUACAGUUUUGUUCUAGUGCCCACUGAGACAAAAAUAUAAAUGGUUGAACAAGAUGUGGAGCAAUGUAGUUAUCAUGUACAAAAUCCAUGUUAAUGACCCAAAAUUGGGACAAAAUUACUUCUGGAAUCUUGAUGUACGGGAAAUUACUACUAGAUUGAUAUGAUAAUCAUAUAUUUGAAAAUAAAACUCUUGUGCUUCA